AUGUCUUUCCUGUCUUUCCUGUCCUGUCUUGUCCUGCCUUGUCUUGCCUUGCCUUGUCUGGCUGGUCUUGCCACAGGAGGCUCCCUCCUUUUCCUCCGUGCUGCUCGUCCCCACCGAGGAGUUCGAGACCGCUCGAUACCCCGAUUCCUGGAGCCAUGGCACACACGCAUGUGUCAAAGCAACUCCUCAACGGCUGCGUCUGUUCCCCAGAUUCUCGCUAAGUCGAACGUUUGGCGCUCCGAGUGUCAAUGUGUCAAUCUGCAGUGGAGCUUGCGCUUCAUUCCUUGGGCAUCUUGGUUUUCAGCAGACCCGAUCUCAGCAUUUUUGCGGGGUAGCUGCAGUAUGGCGACCAUCCCCAGGUGA